AUGCAGGUAGAACGUGUCAAGCCCACCACUUACCAUAUUUGCGAUGUGCACUUCAAAUCCAGGUAUCCCGCGGAGUUGACGUCUCGCCUGAAGACCAAGCCAACUAAACUCACUCCAGGAAAACGCUUAAAAUCCUCAGCCGGCAACCGGGAGGACCUCGAAAAUCUGGUUUCUGAUCAAGCCAUCGCAGAUGUGACUACAGUAACCGCAGACGACGAAGCUGCUGAGGCGGGACUAGAUCUCGAGGGAGAAGACGGCGGCGACAACGAUUCUGAGGACGCCCGAUGGAAUGGCGAACAGAUAGAAGACGAAGACGAGGACCUUGAUAAUGACUACUGUGAGACCUACUUCGACAAUGGGGAGGGCGAUAUCGAUGAUGGUAACGUUCUCCGAGACGACAAUGGUGAAGGUGGUGAGGGCUACUACGACUGA